AAAAAAAAAGUCAGUGUGACAGUUUAAUUUUUGUGAGUGCAUGGUGUUUGUAGGUUAUGUUUAUUAGUUCGAUUUUAAGAUUUUUCCAUUAAUAUGAAGCAAGAGGAAAGAAAAAAUAUUAAAAAAGGAAAUAAUCAAAAGAAAUUGAAACUUUAUAAACCACGUAAAAAGAAAAGUGUAGAGGAAGAUGCUGCUAUUCAAUACUUACAGGGCCAAUACGAUAAGAUUGUACCAGAUGAAAUCAAAACUUUUAAGGAUUUACCUCUCUCCCAAAAAACGUUGAAAGGAUUAAAAGAAAAUAACUACAUUACACCAACAGAAAUACAAAAACAGGCUAUAGGCUAUGCAUUACAGGGCAAAGAUAUCCUGGGAGCAGCAAAGACCGGCUCGGGCAAAACCUUAGCCUUUCUCAUACCAAUACUUGAAAAUUUAUUUUGUAAAAAAUGGACUCGCCUCGAUGGCGUGGGUGCAUUAGUCGUAUCGCCAACGAGAGAGCUGGCCUACCAGAUAUAUGAAACUCUCAGGAAAGUGGGCUACCUUCAUGAUUUUUCUGUGGGAUUAAUCAUAGGUGGACAAAAUUUAAAGUUUGAAAGAAAAAGAAUGGACCAAAUGAAUAUACUCAUAUGCACCCCCGGCCGCCUGCUGCAGCACAUGGACGAGAACCCGCUGUUCCACUGCAGCCAGCUGCAGCUGCUGGUGCUGGACGAGGCCGACCGCUGUUUGGAUAUGGGCUUUGAGGCCACCAUGAAUGCUAUUAUUGAAAAUUUACCACCAGAGAGACAAACCUUACUUUUUUCUGCGACACAAACAAAGUCAGUGAAAGACUUAGCUCGUCUCAGUUUGUCCUUUCCGACCUACGUGGCUCCGCACGAGCAAGCCGAGACUGUGACUCCUGAGGCCUUGCAGCAGAGUUACAUUGUGUGUGAAAUAGAUGAAAAAAUUGGCAUUCUAUGGUCUUUUAUCAGAAACCAUUUGAAACAAAAAGUUUUAGUAUUCAUGGCUACUUGUAAACAAGUUAAAUACACAUAUGACUUAUUUUGUAAAUUGAGGCCCGGUGUUAGUUUGUUGGCUCUGUAUGGAACAUUACAUCAAGAAAAAAGAGAGAAAAUCUACAACGAAUUUUGCAGAAAAUCAAAUGUCGUGCUAUUUGCUACAGAUCUAGCAUCCAGAGGAUUAGAUUUUCCUAGAGUCAAUUGGGUGAUACAGAUGGAUUGUCCAGAAGAUGUAGACACAUACAUUCACCGGGCUGGUCGCACUGCCAGGGGUGUGCUUGGAAAAGGAGAGGGUCUGUUGAUGUUAUUACCCAGUGAAGAAAAAAUUGUAGAAGAUUUGAGAAAUAGGAAAAUACCCAUAAACAAAAUAUCUGUGGACCCUUCAAAAGUAGUGGCUCCACAAAGAAAAAUCGAAGCUUUACUGUCUGAUAACACUGACCUUAAACUAACUGCUCAGAGAGCAUUUGUUAAUUAUUUGAAGUCAGUUUUUUUGAUGAAAAAUAAGGAAAUAUUUAAUGUACAACUCUUGGACACAGAUGCAUAUGCCAGAUCUUUGGGUUUGAUUGUUCCACCGAGAGUAAGAUUUAUGCACAAAUAUCAAAAAAAUAAUAUUGGAAAUAAACAACCAGAUGAUGAGGGUGACAAAGUCGUAGAUAAACUAAGGGCUAAGGCUGAUGGUGAUGAAGGGUCAGAUCAGAGUGCAGUCGAAGCAGAUGAAUCAGAUGACAACAUAAUACCAGAAAUUAAGAAAAAACCUCAAAAAAAGAAAGCAGAAAUACCUAAAUUUGAUUUCCAUGGUAAUGAUGAUAGUGAUGAAGAUGACUUCCUCCAAGUUAAAAAGAAAAAUGUUGAAGUAGAGACUCCAACAAUAGCAGAAGAACCUACUAAAUCAAAGAAAAAGGCUAAACCUCUAACAAAAGCAGCAGUGGCUAAAAAAAUACUUAAGAAAAAAAUUAAAGUUAACACAACUGUAAAAUUCACUGAAGAUGGCGAAGCAAUACAAGACGAAAAGAGAGAACUUAAAUCAGACUUAGCUAAAAAACUUAAUGAAGAAAACAUUGGUGGCAUUGACAUCGAAAAAGCGAAAGAAAUUUUACAAGAGGAAGACAAGUUUGAUAAAAUUCGUUUCAGAGAAAAAGUUAAAGCAAAACACAAAGAACAAAAACGUAAACUCAAAAAUAAAAAGAAAGAGGAAGAAGGAGAAAAGGAUGACUUUGGAUCACAAUCGGAAUCAGAUGGACCAGAUUUGUCUUGGCUGCCUGAUCCCGACAAAGUUUAUGGGAAAGAUGGCGCUUCUGAUUCGGAAGAUGGCAGAGACUCUGUUCAGACAGACAAAGAAGAAGUUAGUCCAGAUGACUCAGAAGAUGAACAAAUGUUCCACAGGCCUGCAAAAAGGAAGUUGGUUGAGAGCAAAGGGAUACCUCAAGAAAGUGUAAUGCCCCGAAAAGUUAAGAAAAUACAAGAUAUAUCGUCAUCUCUAUCUGUACAAGAAGCCGAAGCCCUGGCGAUGAGAUUGUUGAACAAAGGAAAAUGAACAUCAAUAAAAAAAAUUGUUUA